AUGUCAGGUCAACUCGCCCCCUACAAGCAAGAAUUCUUGCAGGCCGCCAUCGCCGGCGAGAUCCUCAAGUUCGGCAGCUUCGAGCUCAAGUCAAAACGCAUCUCACCCUACUUCUUCAACGCCGGCCUCUUCCACACUGCUCGUCUCGCCGGCGCUAUUGCCACCGCUUUUGCCAAGUCCAUCUCCGAGGCUCAGCAGCAGAACGGUCUCGACUUCGACAUCAUCUUCGGUCCCGCUUACAAGGGAAUUCCUCUUGCUUCUUCCAUUGCUGUCAAGCUUGGUGAGAUUGCUCCCGAGAACCUCGACCGUGUUUCUUACUCCUUUGAUCGCAAGGAGGCCAAGGACCACGGUGAGGGAGGUAACAUUGUCGGUGCUCCUCUCAAGGGCAAGAAGAUUCUUAUCGUCGACGAUGUCAUCACUGCUGGUACCGCUAAGCGAGAGGCUAUCGACAAGAUCCGAAAGGAGGGUGGUAUCGUCGUUGGUAUUGUUGUUGCCCUUGAUCGCAUGGAGAAGCUCCCUGCCACCGAUGGUGAUGAGACCAAGCCUGGCCCCAGCGCCAUUGGCGAGUUGAGGAAGGAGUUUGACAUCCCCAUCUUUGCUAUCUUGACUCUGGACGAUAUCAUUGCUGGCAUGAAGAGCUUUGCUUCUGAGGACGACAUCAAGCGAACUGAGGAGUACCGCCUCAAGUACAAGGCCAGCGACUAA